AUGUAUCCCUCAUAUUUAUUGACUCUUUCUUUAGCUUUGUUUGGUGCUGCUGAUGCCACUGCUGUCCCAAAAGGUAAAUAUUACGAUUUUACAUCUUCCUUUGGCUUAGUUCCAAAAGCAUAUACUUGCCACGGCACUGCUGUUCCUUACCUGGUAGUCCCCGCUGCCAAUAUUGGAGCAAGUGUAAGUGUUGGAGUCAGCGCUGGUGUCGAUGCUGGUGUAAGUGCUGGUGCUGGUGUAAGUGCCGGUGCUGGUGUUGGUGCUGGUGUUAAUGCUGGUGUAAGUGCUGGUGCUGGUGUAAGUGCCGGUGCUGGUGUUAGUGCUGGUGUUAAUGCUGGAGUAGGUGUUAAUGCUGGUGUAAGUGCCGGUGCUGGUGCCGGUGUCGGUGUUAGUGCUGGUGUUGGUGUUAAUGCUGGUGUCGGUGUUGGUCUUUCCUUGAGGGAAGAACUUGCUGGUGAAAGCGCUUUAGAUAAAAGGACAUCGUCGAAAACCAAAUACUACCCAAAGGUCAGUUUCACUGUUUCAAAAGUUGAAAAGGUCGAUGACAAACACUUCAAGAUCACCUUCGGCUGUAAAACACAAUACAACCCUAGUUCAUUAUUGUCAUACGUGGAUAAGUCCAAGGUUGAUGUUUCUUGUGUGUCCUUAGACUCAUCAUAUAUGAAAUCAGUCAAGAUUCAUGGUGAUAAGGCAGCAUUCAACUUCGACAACCCAUUUGAUUUUGAAAGUUCUGUAGUUGUUUUACCAAGUCAGCAUGACGGCUACCACUGUUUGCCAGAUAAUUUUGGAGUUGAGUACGAUGUCAAAGAUGAGAAGUGCGGCUGGACAGACAUUUUUGAAAAGAAGUUUACCCUCACUGUUGACAAGAGUAGUUUCAAGAAAUCAAAGAGAACAUCAAAAUUGUCGGGUUCUGGUGUUGACAAAUACAAAACUAAUAGUUUGACAUUGUCUAAUUAUUGUUGGAAAGAACCUACUUGUUAA